GCUACAGACACACAGCGCUGAUCUCUUCAUAAUUAAUGAUGCCACAGAAACUAAACCUGUCACAGAAAACAUAUGUCGACAAAGACAGGUUCACAUAAACUGUUCCUGGUCUGAAGAACAUGCCUGACGAGAGCUCGGAUGCGUGUCGCAUCAACUUAAAGCCAAUGUCGCAAAACUGAAGGAGACAUCAUCACACUGAAGACGUUUUCUGUCACAUGGAAAAUGUCCAUGGAGGGAGAUCCAGAGGGUUCAGUUGAGGAGCUUUGGGGAUCCACUGUGCUGUGGAAGAAGUGCAUCCAGCAGACCAUCUUUGUCGACCUCAGUGAGGACGAAAGUCUCCAUCUCAGUGACUUGGAGGGUUCUUUAGGUUUGCAUCUAUCCCAGGCUGAGUCUGCUGGCUCAGACGCCAGUGUCCAUCUAAGUGGGAGUGCGGAGUUGUCCGCUUUGGAUGACACCUCCUCAGAGUCCCGCAAUGUAACCAGUCCAAAUGAGAGGGUGCUGGAGAAAAACACCAGGAGCAAUAUAUUGCGUGUGUCUGUCCAAAGACCAAACACAAUGCAAAAUGCUCCACUUUCAAAGCGCCGUAAUGAGGACUCAGGGCAAAACACAAGCGACGAGGAUCAGGACGAUCUACCGUAUGAUGGGGACCUCGGUAGCCUAUACUUCAACCAGACACCGAGCACUGAGGCCAACACAAGCUCAGAUGGAAGAGAAACUCUUCAUGAAAGUCCGGAUGAUGCAGGUCUACUUGAGUUGACUACAAAAGAUAGAGAUGACACCAGUAAACAUUUGGUUUUCGAUGAACACACUGCUGAGGAACCAGCAUCUUUAUCACAAGAGGAUGCCUGCACCAAACAUGAUGCUCCCAUGCCAAGUGAUGUUGCGGCAGUGUGCUCUCACCCUGCACACAUUCAAAAGUUGCUGCAAAACUUCUCCCAGCUGGAUUUGGUGUUGUCUGGCAGACUCAUCGAGGCGGAGACCCUGCCAGAGGUUUCCCUGCUGGAGAGCAUGGACAGCACCACUUUGAGCUUGGCUACAACACAUAACAGCACACAUAAUACUAAUGGUAACCACUCAGACAACAUUACUCUAAGUAAAUCUGAGAGUCACUCUGGUGGGACUGAUGACAAGAGUCACGCUGUUUCAGAAAACACAAGUUUACAUGAAGAAGCUGAAAGAAAAACGAACGUCAUCUCAGCUGCUGACAGUGUUGCAUCCAGCAUAGACUCAAACCAGAGCAGCAGAGACAACAGUGUCAUCGAUGUAGUGAAGCAGGAAGAGUCUGACGACCGUGAUCAGCUUCAGAGAAACCCACUCGUGCGCGCCAGGUCCUUCAGUGAAAUGAAAUAUGGUCAAGGCCAAAUCCAUUACCCCCUUCCUGAUUUUUCUAAGGUUGCCCCCAAGGUUAAAAUCCCCAAAGCUCCAAGUGGACCAUCCAGACCUGUUCCUCAGUACCUCAGCACCAUGCACAGAGCCCAGUCAUCCCCUAUGUUAGAUGUGAUCAGCAGAGUCCUGGAGGAUUCAGGCCAACCACCAGAGAAGCCUUACGUCUUCAGAGAUGAGGAGAAACAAACUCCUCCAGCACUGGUUCAUCAACUGCAGGCUGAAUAUGAUAAAUUAUUAACUAAAUAUGCUGGAGCAGAGAAUCUUAUUGAUCAACUGAGACUGGGAAUCAGUACUCAGCCCUUUUCUGAUCCAAAGCUUUAUUCAGAGCACGAUGGCGAUCCUCAGAGAAAUUUACCUGAGGGAAGCCAUCUUGGAUCCUUGGCUCCUCAGCGUUCUCCAUCAGAAAACUUUGUGCAAAAGGGAGGAACAGCAAUCCAGAGCGACAUUAAGGGUGAAGCUUUUUCCUGUCUCGGCCAACCUGAGGAGGAUCCCAGUGAAGGAGAACGGAUGACUGCAGAGCUGAGAGACAUCAUCGGCCCAUUCAUUCAGAAGGUGGAGGGGUUCAAAAUGAGUGUCAGCAACAUUACGAUGAGCACAGAAGAACAGCAAAUGGUGUUGAGGAGCAUGAUGGAGGCUCAGGACCAGCUGGAGAGGAAGUACAUCAGUAAGAAGGAGGAGCACAGAGCAAUGGAAAUGCAGAAUUACAGGGGUUUGUCCAGGAACACGGGCAUAUUUGAUCCAAACAGGCUGAUAGAGGGAGACAUAUUCAGGAUAGGGAUGCACCUGGACAACAUUAAGGAGACGAUAGACAAAAACAUGUGUGAGCUCAUUUCUCCGCCUCGCUCAUCCUCCACUCCCACACCCAUGAAGGAGAGGCUACAUGUGAGCCCUAGUCCUCUUUGUACGCUCAUACCCUCACCUCCACCAUCCCUGCAUCAGGGACCACAUGCAGAUUUUUCCACGGUUGUUUAUAAGAUGGAGACAUGCAAAAAGGAACUCAAAGUGGAUGAAGUGGAACAGGCCAGUGAGGAAGUGGAGCGAAGCCGUGACGCUGUUCUGGACACUGGACAUAAAAGUUGCACUUCAUGGGGCACACGGGAGUCUCUGGAGAGACUGGACAACCAGAGAGCUGAGGCUGAGGAUGGCAACGAAGAGGAGUGCACCUCUGUGUUGUCAGAGGGGUCAGUUCACCAUCGUGACAUCCUAGCGUGUCUGAGCGGAAUCAGCUUAUCCUCAACGCAGACUCAUGAAAGUCAUAGCGCUGUGGAUCGCGUCCGUGUCGCAGAGGGUAAAUGUGAUCUGGGUGAUUGUGUGAGUCUGGCUGUGGAGGUCUCCACUUCCUGUGCAGCACCCAAACCCUCAGACACACACAGCCACGCAGAGCCUCCACUCAACACCUCUUGUUCAUCACAGAGGACCGUGAGCCCAGAGGCAGACAGUGGAUUUGGGAGCUCUUACUUGACUCAGUCAGCUUCUGGAUCAUUUCAACCCAAUCUGCUCAUCGAAAGUGUGCAGUCCCAUGAGGAUGGUCUGAGUAGCUCAGAGAGCGAGGGCUGCUCCAAACUGCAGACAACCAUCUAUUCAGCGUCUCUGAACACCCAGCGGUGGGCCAACUCUCACCCAUCUGUCCAAACACAGUCCUGUGGUCAAGUGGAGCUGUGGGUAGAGAGCACCACCAAGGGGCCUUCACUCGGGCUGCAGGUGGCAAAUGUUUCAGGAUCGGACCGAAGCCUGCCUUCUCAGCACAGUCACUACGUCUCCGAACCUGCACUCAGCACUACCAUGAAUUCACUGGAGAGAGGCAGCCAAGUGUAUUCCUGCUCCUGUAAUAGGUCAGUGUUUCGUCACAGUGAGGCCAUACUGGCCUUGCAGUCAGAAGUGUCCAGGCUGAAGGAGGAACUGGAGGAGGGCUUGGUCCAGCUGCCUCACCUAGCACAGAAGAUGGAUUAUCUCACCUCCAAAUACAGACAGGAUCGUCAGGAGCGCAGGUCCAAAACGAGACAAAGGACUCACCUAAAACCAUCCCGUCACAGCCCAGCGAGAGUAGAGGACUGGAUUUCUUCAGACAUGGACCCCAGUAAGAGCAAAGGUACGGAGAGUGGUGAUACAGCAGCCUCAGAAGUCAUGUUGCAGUUCCACAACUCAACAGUAGAGAGCAGAAGAGGCAGCAGUUUUCAAUCCGGACAAGGAAAACUGCAGAGCAGCAGAGGCGCAGAAGGAAAUCGCUUAGUGAAAACUCAUGUAAUCUCCUGCUCCAGUUUUAAAGGAGAGAAAGGGGGAGCUACUGACAGCACUGCACCACAGACAGCCAUGAUUGAGAGCUUUUACUCCAAGGAGAGGUGGUCUCCCCUCUCGUCUCCAUCUCUGCAGAAGCCCCUCCUCCAGGUCAACUACUGCUCUUCCAGCAGUCUACCUGCCAGCUAUAAAGUGAGGGAGCCACUGCUCCAGUCCAUGAGCCGUCACAGGAAACGAUCCACUCAGUCAGACACAGCACUCCUGCCCAGCAAUGUGUACUUUCAGCGGACACUGUCUCCUGUCUCAGUGUCCUCAAAGUCUGUCAGCAGGACAGGCAGACGCAGCGGCAGCAAGGAUGAAGACAUGAACAGAACCCUGGACAAGGCUAUCGAAGUGGCUCGCAGCAUGAAAAGAACCACAGACCGGUUGGCCAAGAAACUGUCAGCGGACCUGGCCAAAGCUGAACUCCACAGGAAGCUGCACUGCACACAGCCACGAGAGGGAAGGAAACACCAUGCACUGUGACACCCACACGUCUCGCCCUACUACCUGUGAUAUAUGUGAUACAGAGCUUUAUGUCUUGAUGUUGUAAUGUAAGGAUCUGUUUGUUGCUUUUGUACAUUAGUGUAUAUUUGUCAUGGGCAUAAAAGUCUGAAAUCACUUCAA